GAUACAGGUGCAGUGGCGUGAUCCCCCCGAAACGUCACAAAUCCCGCCUCGAGCGCGGCCCCCCAACAAUAAAGGAGUGACGGGCGGCCGGCGGCGGGAUGGCCGUUUAGAGAUGGGGAUGGCGGCACGGCGCUGCGGCCGCUUGCUUGUCUUGUGGCUCCUGACGACAUGUCCGGCGUUGGAGGUGGACGAGGACGACCACCAGAUGGUCCUGUCACUCAUCAACCAGGAGGACUCUGGCCAGGAGCCGGGGGCGGAGCAGCCUGCCGACUUCUACCGGACGAACAAGGAAGACUGGCGGCUGCCCGGCCACUACGUGGUGGUGCUGAAGGCCGAGACUCACAAGUCACACGUGGAGCGGACAAUCCAGCGGCUGGAGGCGAAGGCUGCCAGGAGGGGCUACCUGGUGGAGGUGGUCCACGUGUUUGUCCACACCUUCAGAGGCUUCAUUGUCAAGAUGAGCAGCGAUGUCCUCCACCUGGCCCUGAAGCUGCCCCACGUUCACUACAUUGAGGAAGACUCACUGGUGUUUGCGCAGAGCAUCCCCUGGAACCUGGACAGGAUCGUGCAGACGCAGCACGGAGCUGGGAAGUACAGUCCUCCAAACGACGGAGAGCAAGUGGAGGUCUACCUGCUUGAUACCAGUGUUCAGAGUGACCACCGUGAGAUCGACGGUCGGAUUCUGGUCACAGACUUUGACAACGUCCCCGAAGAGGACAGCACCCGGCAACAUCGACAGGCUAGCAAAUGUGACAGUCAUGGCACCCACAUGGCUGGCAUCGUGAGUGGGCGGGACUCUGGAGUGGCAAAGGGAAGUUCUGUGCGAAGCCUGAGGGUCCUGAACUGCCAGGGCAAAGGGACAAUGAGCGGCAUCCUGGCAGCUCUCGAGUUCAUCCGCAGCACUUUGAUUGUCCAGCCCUACAGCCCCAUGGUCACUCUGCUGCCCCUUACGGGGGGUUACAGCCGAACGCUCAACGCCGUCUGCAGCCUGAUGGUCCAAACCGGCGUGGUGCUCAUCGCCGCCGCAGGGAACUACAGAGAGGAUGCCUGCCUGUACUCGCCUGCGUCAGAGCCGGAGGUCAUAACGGUGGGGGCCACAAAUUACCAGGACCAGCUGAUGAACGUGGGGACCUUGGGGUCCAACUUUGGCCGCUGCGUUGACAUUUUCGCUCCUGGGGACAACAUAGUGAGCGCGUCCAGCGACUGCACCACCUGCUUCACAGCCAAGAGUGGCACGUCCCAGGCUGCUGCUCACGUCGCAGGGAUCGCUGCUGUCAUCCUCAAUGCCAACCCGAACCUCACGGCGCCCGCGCUGCUGCAGGAGCUGCUGCACUACUCGUCCAAGGGGGCCAUCAAUGAGGCCGAGUUCCCCGAGGGGCAUCGAAUGGUCACUCCCAACAUGGUGGCUCGCCUCCCCUCUGAGGUCACAGCAGGAGAGCGGCUGCUCUGUCGCUCCGUGUGGUCCGAGAAGUCGGGAUUUUCCCGUUUGGCCACGGCGGUCGCACACUGCAGGAGAGGCGAGGAGAUGUUCAGCUGUUCCAGCUUCUCCACAAAUGGAAACCGGCAAGGUGAUCACAUGCAGGACCACGAGGGUCGCAAGGAAUGCGUUGCCCAUAAUGCUUUUGGAGGACAGGGAGUGUAUGCAGUGGCCAGGUGCUGCACCUGGCAGAAGGCCACAUGUCUCACCUACAGCAGUGUGGGCACCAAGAACAAGGCAGACAAGAGGGUGGUGGGCUGCCUGAAGGAGGACCACAUACUGACAGGCUGCGGCUCCCGGUCCACUGCAGGACGGCUGAGUGACAGCAUGAAGCCCCAGCGCGCUCACAAUGACAAGCCCUGGGAGUGCUCUGGCCGAGAGGGCACCGACGUACAUGCCACCUGCUGCCACGCGCCCAGCAUGGAAUGCAAAGUGAAGGAGAACGGCUCCAUAGGAUUUACAGAGAAGGUGCUCGUGUCCUGCGAGGAGGGCUGGACGCUGACCGGCUGCAACGCUUACUCCCGGGGCUCCGACACGCAUGGCGCCUACGCCCUGGACGACACCUGCGUGGUGCACAGCUCGGGGGGCGGCAAGGGGGCGGCGGCCGUCGCCAUCUGCUGCCGUGACAGCCAAUCGGAGCUCAGCACCUCCGCCAGCAACCACAAGUGAAGCCACGCCCACCAGGUGAGCCCAGACACUCCGCCGUCGAGGACCUGACUGACCUCCUGCCGCGCCAUCUGCUGCAGACUCCUAUCUAUAUUUAUUGAUGCAGUUUUUAUAAUAAAUUGUAUUUUUUAAAGAA